AAGAGCAUAACAUAACCUGUAAACUAUGUUAUGCACUAGAAAUUUAAACGUUUUUCCCACAAAUUACAAGAAAACCAUAACAAAAUGGGUUCCUAUAGGACUCACGCGGAUGAAAAGUUCCGUUGAGCCAAAAACGAAAACAUACUCUCAUACAAUUCUCUUCCCAAAAACAGAUUUUCCUGCGCGAUCUAACAGUGCAAGAAAAGAUGAAAUUCAAAAGGUUGCAAAGUUUUCUGAUCUCUACAACUGGCAGAGGGAACAUCUGAAAGGGCCGGAGUUCGUGUUGCACGACGGCCCGCCGUACGCUAACGGAGACUUGCACAUGGGACAUGCUAUUAAUAAGAUAAUAAAAGACAUAAACAACCGCCACCAUGUUCUGCUCGGCGACAGAGUACACUACGUGCCCGGCUGGGAUUGCCACGGCCUGCCCAUCGAGCUCAAAGCCCUCCAGCAAACCAAAAAGACCAAAACAACACCUACUGGCAAAGGACAGAAACUAGCUGCUGCUGCUGAGACACAAGAGGUGGCAGCGCCAUCUAGUGCUGUUGAAAUACGUCGCGUGGCGAGGAAGUUCGCGCUGGAGACUAUAGAGAGACAGAAGGCGCAGUUUGAGAGCUGGGGCGUGAUGGCGGACUGGGACAAGCGGUGUUACCGAACUCUGGAUAACAGCUAUGUGAAGAGCCAGUUGGAAUUAUUCUAUGAGAUGUACGAGAAGGGACUCAUUUUUAGAGCUUUGAAGCCUGUUUACUGGUCACCGUCAUCCAAAACAGCGCUAGCGGAGGCGGAGCUGGAGUACGACCCGCAGUUCAAGAGCACGGAGGUGUACGUCAGCUUCCCUCUAGAUACUGUACCGGACAAACUCAGAGACGUCGCUAACAACGAGGUGAUCUCGGCGGUGGUCUGGACCACGACGCCGUGGACGCUGGUGGCCAACCGCGCCAUCUGCUUCAGCGGGCAGCUCUCGUACAGCGUCGUGAGGAUGGAAGGCCGCAGCGGGCUGUUUCUGCUCGCUACUGAGCUGCUCGACCAGUUGGAGAAGACCCUAGAAGGAAGCUUGCAGAAGGUCGCAGAGGUUGCCGGUAGGUGUCGAGCUGGCGGGCGCGCGCUACCAGCACCGGCUGCUGCGGCGCUCGUUCCCGCUCCUCGCCGCCGGCCACGUGUCGGCCGCGCGGGGCACCGGGCUCGUGCACACCGCCCCCGCGCACGGGCCCGACGACUUCCUGGUGGGGCUGGAGCACAACAUACCUGUCGUACGUAUUGCGUGUUAUAUACCACGCACGUGAUACUCUACCGCUGGCACUCCUCGCUCACGUGUCGGCCGCGCGGGGCACCGGGCUCGUGCACACCGCCCCCGCGCACGGGCCCGACGACUUCCUGGUGGGGCUGGAGCACAACAUACCUGUCGUACGUAUUGCGUGUUAUAUACCACGCACGUGAUACUCUACCGCUGGCACUCCUCGCUCACGUGUCGGCCGCGCGGGGCACCGGGCUCGUGCACACCGCCCCCGCGCACGGGCCCGACGACUUCCUGGUGGGGCUGGAGCACAACAUACCUGUCGAAUGCAACGUGGACGAGUCGGGGCGGUAUUGCAACCUCGACGCGCUGAACGGCCUCGACGUGCUCGGGCGCGGGCAGGAGGCCGUCAUCGCUCUGCUGGGAGACCAGGUGCUGCGGCGAGGCGUGCACACACACUCGUACCCGUUGGACUGGCGCACCAAGGAGCCGGUUAUCCUGCGCGCCAGCCACCAGUGGUUCAUCAACACCGAGGCUCUCAAGGAGAAGGCUCUGGAAGCUUUAGAAAAGGUCCAAAUCCUGCCGUCCUCCACCGCUCCGCAGUCUCGGCAGGGCUUCAAGGCUCGCAUCGAGUCGCGGCCCUACUGGUGCGUGUCGCGGCAGCGCGCCUGGGGCGUGCCCAUACCGUGUCUCUACCAUCGUGAUACACCCAUACUCGACAAGCGCAUCAUCGAGCGACUGUGCCACCUGCUGGAGGAGCGCGGGCCGGACGCGUGGUGGACGGCUGACGUGUCGGAGCUGCUGCCGGGAGACCUGGCUCAGGAACUGCAGUUCAAGGCGGAGGACGUCACCAAGGGAGAGGACAUAAUGGACAUCUGGCUGGACUCGGGCUCGUCGUGGCGCGGGCUGCCCCACCAGGCGGCGCUGUACAGCGAGGGCGUCGACCAGCUCACCGGCUGGUUCCAGAGCUCGCUGCUCACCAGCGCGGCCGCCACUGGAAGAGCCCCAUAUAAAUGCAUCUUCGUGCACGGGUUCGUGGUGGACGCGGACAAGAGGAAGAUGUCCAAGUCGCUCGGCAACGUCAUCGCCCCCGAGCAGAUCAUCAGCGGCGGCGGCAAGCAGCCUGCCUACGGUGUCGACACGUUGAGAUGGUGGGUGGCCAGCCACGGCACGCAGCACACUCAGAUCGUGGUCAGCAAGAAGCUGCUGGAAGACUGCGCGGCCGAGGUGGGCCGGAUCCGGGCCAUCCUGCGCUACCUGCUCGGGGUCAUUGACCUGCGCCCUCCCACCAACCCCCCGCGGCUCAACUACCUCGACCGCUACAUGCUCGCCGAAACAUACAAGUUCCUAAACGAUUUACGAGAACAUAUGAAAGAGUUGAGAUACAACAGCGCGGUACAAAACAUACUAUAUUUCAUUAGCAAUAAGGUCUCCGCUUUAUAUUGUCACUGCGUUAAAGAUAGACUGUACUGCGCGCCUAAAGACUCGCCGGCGAGAAUAGGGGCUCAACUUGUAGCGCAUACGAUUCUAGUCUCUCUCUGUAAGGCUAUUGGACCUAUUUUGCCGCAUUUAAUAGAAGAAGUGUGGAGAUAUCAUCCUUUAUAUGAAAAACCGUUCUUUUUCACUCAAAAUAUACCAGUUUUAGAGAAUCAAAGCGUAGAUACGACGAUAAUGGACUUAGUUUUAGAAUUGAAGAAAGAUAUAACGGCGCUGACUAAAAAUGAGAAUUUGAAGAAAUUCUCUGUUGAUGUAAAAGUGAAUCCUUCGUUUUAUCCUAUUUUGAAUGACUUGAAUAGUGUAGAGGCGACGCAGGAGAGCGUGCUGAGUGAGAUACUCGAAGUGUCUCUCGUGUCUGUGAGUCCGGCGAGUGUGUCGCGCUGGGAGCUGCGCGUGGACGCGAGCGCGCAGGCGCAGUGUCUGCGCUGCCGUCGGUACAACGCCGAGGAGAACAGUGACAAGUGUGUGCGGUGCCAGCUCGCUAUGGACUCCAUGUAGGAACUUGGCUUAUACGAGAGAAACGGACUAAAAUGACAUUUUUCACAUCACCAUUUCGUAAAGGGGCCUUUUCUACCACUGCUAGGAGGGUGCAAAGUGGUAGGGAGAGAUAUUAUUUUGUUAUCGUGUAACUGUAACACAUACCUGGUCUACUACUUUUCACAAUUCCGUUAAGGAAAUUAUUAUUACUUUUAAAAUGUAAUCAAACCUAAACAAAUCUAUAAAAUGUCACUUUGAUCACUACUAGCGGGGUAGAUAACGCCCCUUUUCGAAUAAGUCCCUGGUAGUUCUGUUAUUUUAUUAAAGCAUUUAAAUUAUUAUUCUAGUUAUAAGUAGGUACAUACCUUGUUAAAAUGUAGAUGAUCUAAUUGUAAAUAAAGAAAAAAGGAA